GGGCAGAAACUAAUUUGAUAGUGCUCUGUAUGUUUCAUAAGUCCUGAUGUUGAUAUAAAAAUGUUUAGGCAUUCAAACACUGGCGAUAUUCAGUGAUGGAGUCAGCUGUCAGUACAUCCACUCAAGUGCCAGAUGAGUUCGACCGGAACGUUCCACGCAUCUGUGGUGUGUGUGGAGACAAAGCUACUGGUUUUCACUUUAAUGCCAUGACCUGUGAGGGCUGCAAAGGCUUCUUCAGGCGCAGUAUGAAGCGGAAGGCCAGUUUUACCUGUCCUUUUAAUGGAAGCUGCACCAUCACUAAAGAUAACCGUCGCCACUGCCAGGCCUGCAGACUCAAGCGUUGCCUAGAUAUUGGCAUGAUGAAAGAGUUUAUAUUGACAGAUGAGGAAGUUCAGAGAAAGAAGGAGCUGAUUCAAAGAAGGAAGGAUGAGGAGGCUCACAGGGAGGCGCAGAAGCCCCGGCUUUCAGAUGAGCAGCGCAACAUCAUUGACACACUGGUGGACGCGCAUCAUAAAACAUACGACGAUUCCUACUCUGACUUUUCACGCUUCAGACCUCCAGUCAGAGAGGGUCCAGUUACACGCAGUGCCAGUCGAGCCGCGUCCCUCCAUUCACUGUCAGAUGCCUCAUCAGACUCCUUCAGCCACUCUCCAGAGUCAGGCGAUCGUAAGAUGAAUCUGAGUAACCUGCUGAUGAUGUACCAGGAGCAGGGCUUGAGCUCCAGUCCCGACUCAAAGGAGGAGGAUGGCUCCAGUCUCUCCAUGCUUCCUCAUCUGGCCGACCUGGUUUCUUACAGCAUUCAAAAAGUCAUUGGCUUUGCCAAGAUGAUUCCUGGAUUUAGAGAGCUGACGGCUGAAGAUCAGAUUGCUCUGCUGAAGUCCAGCGCUAUAGAAGUGAUCAUGCUCCGAUCCAACCAGUCCUUCAGUCUGGAGGAUAUGAGCUGGAGCUGUGGAGGACCUGAGUUUAAAUACUGCGUCAAUGAUGUUACCAAAGCUGGACACACUCUGGAGCUGCUGGAGCCUCUGGUGAAAUUUCAGGUGGGCUUAAAAAAGCUCAACCUGCAUGAAGAGGAACAUGUGCUGCUCAUGGCCAUUUGCCUGCUGUCUCCAGAUCGGCCCGGGGUGCAGGAUCACGUGCGAGUGGAAGCGUUGCAGGACAAGGUAUCUGAGGUUCUGCAGGCCUACAUUCGCGCACAUCACCCGGGGGGGCGUCUGCUUUACGCUAAGAUGAUCCAGAAGCUGGCGGAUCUCCGCAGCCUGAACGAAGAGCACUCCAAACAGUACCGCUCGCUUUCCUUCCAGCCCGAGCACAGCAUGCAGCUCACACCUCUGGUGCUGGAGGUGUUCGGCGGGCAGGUCACCUAG